CCUCUUGUAGCUGCUAUUCCUAUGCUUCUAACUGUUCAUAAUUCAGAAAAAAGGAAACAGGAUUAAUGGCAUCAUUGAGAUUGCAAUUUUCUUUGCCAGAAAUAAACUUUACUGGAAAGAUUAGUUCUAACAAAAACUGUACAAGCUCCACAUUCAAGUUUUCAUGCAUGGAAAUUUCAAAUGGGGAACAAAAAUCCUCCAGCUUACACAGCAAAUCAUUACUUUCAUCGGGGAAAAAACCUUGCAGAAAAGAGAUAAGUGUUGCCACUCCCUAUACAUCAAUCACAAUAACUAAUGAACUACUUGACGCCUACGAGGAUGAGUAUGAUGGGGUUGUCAUUGAUUCCCAAAGCUUGCCUCUUAGUGCAAAUGCAUUUACAACCAUUCUUCAAUCUUCACUUUCUUCAUGGAAGCUAGAGGGAAAGAAAGGUGUAUGGUUGAAGAUUUUAGAAAAACAAGCUGACCUUGUUCCAGUUGCACUGAAGCAAGGAUUCAGCUAUCACCAUGCAGAACCAGGUUAUGUUAUGCUAACAUAUUGGAUUCCAGAAGAGCCUUGUUUUCUCCCUUCUACUGCUACGCAUCAAAUUGGUGUGGGAGGGUUUGUGAUCAAUGAAAGUAAAGAGGUGCUUGUUGUGAAAGAGAAGAAAUGCCCUCUAAGAUGCUCAGGAAUGUGGAAGUUGCCCACUGGUCUCAUAAAUAAGUCUGAAGAAAUAUUCUCUGGAGUUGUGAGGGAAGUGAAAGAAGAAACUGGGAUAGAAACUGCAUUUCUGGAAGUGGUAGCCUUCAGGCAUGCCCACCAAGUUGCUUUCGACAAAUCCGACCUCUUCUUCGUGUGCAUGCUCAAGCCAUUAACAUUCAAGAUCAGCAUUGAUGAGUCUGAAAUCCAAGAUGCAAAGUGGAUGGCUCUUGAAGAGUUCUCAAACCAGCCAUUUCAGCAGGAAGAUAAAUUGCUGAAGAACAUAACUGGACUUUGUGUUGCCAGAUAUCAAAACAAAUAUCAGGGAUUUACAGCUCAACGAAUGAUGUCAAAGUUUGAUGACAGAUUAACAUAUCUGUAUCAUGGAUACUGCAUGUAAAAGCAUGCAAAGACUAUUGUGAUAUGAAAGAUAAUUUGAGAUAGUGAUCGGUAUAAGUUGAAUGGCUAAUAUUAUGAUUUGAAGGGC